AUGAGUCAGUCAGCUUCAGCAACUGCUAGACCGACCAGCAGUGGUCAUCAUGGAGCAGGUAUACGUUCAUUCUUUUCUAAAUUAAGAAAGCAAUCAGGCAGUUUAUCUACAUCCAAUUUACAGGUACAAGUUGGAAAUAGAGUUUAUGAUGCCAAUGAGUUGCAAAAGUUAAUUCCUCAAAUGGAAGAUGCUAUUGAUAAAAAAGAUCGUCUUAUACGUCAAUAUCAACAAUCAUUGGAACAAAGAGAUCAAGAAAUCAAAGAACUUGAAAGACAAAAAAAAUAUUUUCAAGGUGAAUGUGAUAAAUUACGAUCAGUAUUAGAACAAACAACAGCAAAUGCUACUACACUUCAACAAAAAAAUAAUAGUGCUGAAAGUAAUGUUGAGUCACAAAAAUGUAUUACGGAAAAUGAUACUUCACAAAUUAAAGAACAUUUUUCAAAUAAAGAUGGACAUACUUCAAGAGCUAAAAAAGUUGCCGUUUCUGCUGAACCCGCAAAUAUUGAUCAAAAUCGUACAGCCACACUACAACAUCAUGCUAAAUCAGCUGGCGCAAAACAAUUAAUUAGAGAUGCCGUUCAAAAAAAUGACUUUUUAAGACAAUUAGAAAAAGAACAAGUUAUAGAAUGUGUAGAAUGUAUGUAUGAAAUGCGCGUUAAAGCCGGAGAAUGGGUAAUAAGAGAAGGUGAUCCUGGAGAUCGUGUAUUUGUUAUUGGUGAAGGCCAAUUAGAAGUAUCAAGAGAAAAUCAAGUUCUUAGUACAAUUGGACCAGGUAUUGUUAUGGGAGAACUUGCAAUAUUGUAUAAUUGUACAAGAACAGCUAGUGUUCGGGCAUUAUCUGAUGUACUUCUUUGGGUAUUAGAUAGACACGUUUUUCAAAUGAUAACAAUGAGAAUGGGAAUGGAACGUCAUAAUCAAUUAAUGAAUUUCUUGAAAAAGAUUUCAAUAUUUGAAAAUUUAAGUGAAGAUAGAAUUUCUAAAGUUGCUGAUGUUAUGGAUCAAGAGUAUUACGCUGGUGGACAUGUAAUUAUACGUGAAGGUGAAAAAGGUGAUACCUUUUUCAUUAUAAAUAGUGGUCAAGUUCGUGUUACACAGUAUAUUGAUGGUGAUCAUACACCCAGAGAAAUUCGUAUCCUUAAACAAGGUGAUUUCUUUGGUGAAAAAGCAUUACUCGGUGAGGAACUUCGUACAGCAACUGUUACUGCAAUGGUACCAGGUGUUGAAGUUCUUACAUUAGAUAGGGAAUCAUUUUUAAAAUUAAUUGGUGAUUUAGAAGCUUUGAAACGUGAUUAUGGUGAUAGCCAUCGUCGUGUUGUUGUAAAUUCUUCAACAAUUAUUCCAGUUAUUGAAGCUGCAAGUCCAGAAAAAGUUGCAAUUGAUAAAGAAUUAGUAAAUGUUCAAUUAAGAAAUUUAAAAAGAAUUGCAACACUUGGUGUUGGUGGAUUUGGUCGUGUUGAAUUAGUAUGUAUUAAUGGUGAUAAAUUAAAAACAUUUGCAUUAAAAGCACUUAAAAAAAAACAUAUUGUUGAUACUCGUCAACAAGAACAUAUUUUUUCAGAAAGAAAUAUUAUGUUAGAAUUACGAACAGAUUGGAUUGUUACAUUAUACAAAACAUUUCGUGAUACAAAAUAUGUUUAUAUGCUUCUUGAAGCAUGUCUUGGUGGUGAAUUAUGGACAACAUUAAGAGAUCGUGGUCAUUUUGAUGAUUACACAGCACGUUUUUAUGUUGCAUGUGUUCUUGAAGGAUUAGAAUAUCUUCAUCGUAAAUCAAUUGUUUAUCGAGAUUUAAAACCAGAAAAUUGUCUACUUACAAAUACUGGUUAUCUUAAAUUAGUUGACUUUGGAUUUGCUAAAAAAGUUCCUAGUGGUAAAAAAACAUGGACAUUUUGUGGAACACCAGAAUAUGUUUCACCUGAAAUUAUUCUUAAUAAAGGCCAUGAUCAAGCCGCUGAUUAUUGGGCUAUUGGAAUAUAUAUUUGUGAAUUAAUGCUUGGAAGACCACCUUUCCAAGCAUCAGAUCCAAUGAAAACAUAUACAUUAAUUUUAAAAGGUGUUGAUGCACUUGAAAUUCCAAAUAGAAGAAUAGGAAAAACUGCUACAGCUCUUGUUAAAAAACUUUGUAGAGAUAAUCCUUCUGAACGUCUUGGAUCUGGAUCUGGUGGUGUUAAUGAUAUACGCAAAAAUAGAUGGUUCAUGGGAUUUGAUUGGGAUGGUUUAAGAAGUAGAACAUUAAAAGCUCCAAUCUUUCCAAAAGUAACUCAUCCAGCUGAUGUAAGUAAUUUUGAUAAUUAUCCUCCAGAUCAAGAUGUACCACCAGAUGAGUUUUCUGGUUGGGAUGAAGGAUUUUAA